CGCACACACAAAGUACUGAUAAUGUUUUUUUCAUGCUGUCCCAAUUGCACAAUUCGAAAGGAGCAAUCGUCUUUCAGCUUCCAUAGCUGCACUUUUGUGCCAAAGCUAAAACAAGAUUCUGGGUUCCACCAAGGAUGUGACACUUGACUCUGAAGAAACAUUUGUAACUUUUCCCACUUGGAUAUUUAUGAAGAUAUUUUUGGAGAUCUUCUUUGUAGGUGAUAGCCCAAGAAACCAGAAAUAACAUAUUCCCUUCUCUCUUGCACCAAGCAUGGAAUCCUCUGCAGUUUUUUCAAUCACUCAACUCCCCUUUUACCCUCCAAAAUACAACAGAAACAAAGCUUAUACUUCAUGGCCAUGCAAGAAGCCAAGUCCUUCUAAAUCAACUCGAUUACACUGCCAAAAGAUGUAUGUCCCUGGAUAUGGACAUGCAUCACCAGAAGCCCAGGCCGCUAAGAAUCUGCAUAAUUUCUUCACUUAUAUUGCGGUUAAGAUUGUUUCAGCACAGCUUCAGAGCUAUAACCCUGAAGCAUACAAAGAGCUGAUGGAAUUUGUGGGGAGGCAAUCCUUGAACGAUGGAGACCAGUUUUGCGCCAGUAUGAUGCGUGAAUCUUCAAGACACCAGAGUUUAGCUCUACGCAUCUUGGAGGUUCGAUCGGCUUAUUGUAAAACUGAUUUUGAAUGGGACAACUUGAAGCGAUUAGCUAACAAGACGGUCAGUGACUCCAACACGAGGCUCAUGAGAGAUUAUGUCUUGGAAACCAGUCACAUAGAUGUAGAAAGUGAGAAGUGAUCAAACAUUGAGCACCAGAAUCACAGUGUCACAAUAUGUAUCCAUCCACUAUUGUUAUAAAUGCAAUACAUAAGAACUGAAUUGACAAGUUACAUACA